UAAACUUCCGUUUUUCGUGUCAUAUGACUUAUGAGCGUUCGUUCCUUGAAACACAUCGGUUACCUCUUCUGAGCCAUCUACUCUAUUAAUUUUACAAUGGCAACAAUGAUGCAAAAUCGUCCUGUGGACCUCAACGGCCCCGAAGCUGCAGCAAGACAACAUGCCCAAGCGGUGACCAGAAACUACAUCUCUCAACCUAGGCUGACUUACUCUACUGUCUCUGGUGUUAACGGACCCCUGGUGAUCUUGGAUAACGUCAAGUUCCCCAGGUACGCCGAGAUCGUCCACCUGACCUUGCCCGAUGGGACGAAGAGAAGUGGUCAGGUGCUGGAGGUGGUCGGGACCAAGGCUGUGGUCCAGGUGUUUGAGGGAACCUCUGGAAUUGAUGCCAAGAAAACGGCAUGUGAAUUUACCGGCGACAUCCUUCGCACGCCUGUGUCUGAGGACAUGCUGGGGCGGGUGUUUAACGGCUCGGGAAAGCCCAUUGACCGCGGACCCACUGUGUUGGCUGAGGACUACCUGGACAUCAUGGGCCAGCCAAUCAACCCUCAGUGUCGUAUCUACCCUGAGGAGAUGAUCCAGACUGGCAUCUCUGCCAUCGACGGCAUGAACAGCAUCGCCCGAGGCCAGAAGAUCCCCAUCUUCUCUGCUGCUGGCCUCCCACACAACGAGAUUGCUGCUCAGAUUUGUCGGCAGGCUGGUUUGGUUAAGAAGUCCAAGGAUGUGAUGGACUUCCAUGAGGAGAACUUUGCUAUUGUCUUCGCUGCUAUGGGGGUGAACAUGGAGACGGCUCGGUUCUUCAAGUCUGACUUUGAAGAGAAUGGUUCCAUGGACAACGUUUGUCUGUUCUUAAACCUGGCCAAUGACCCAACUAUUGAGCGCAUCAUUACUCCUCGCCUGGCUCUGACCGCUGCUGAGUAUCUGGCUUAUCAGUGUGAGAAGCACGUGCUGGUCAUCCUCACCGACAUGAGCUCCUAUGCUGAGGCUCUGAGAGAGGUGUCGGCUGCCCGAGAGGAGGUGCCUGGUCGCCGUGGUUUCCCUGGUUACAUGUACACUGACUUGGCCACCAUCUACGAAAGGGCCGGACGAGUGGAGGGAAGAAAUGGCUCCAUCACACAGAUCCCAAUUCUCACCAUGCCCAACGAUGAUAUUACCCAUCCAAUCCCUGAUCUGACUGGUUACAUCACUGAGGGCCAGGUCUAUGUGGAACGCCAGCUGCACAACAGACAGAUCUACCCUCCCAUCAACGUGCUGCCAUCUCUUUCUCGUCUGAUGAAAUCGGCCAUCGGUGAGGGCAUGACCCGCAAGGACCACGCCGACGUCUCCAACCAGCUGUAUGCCUGCUAUGCCAUCGGUAAAGACGUUCAGGCCAUGAAGGCCGUGGUGGGAGAGGAGGCCCUGACCCCAGAUGACCUUCUGUACCUGGAGUUCCUGCAGAAAUUUGAGAAGAACUUUAUCGCUCAGGGUCCCUAUGACAACCGAACGGUGUUUGAGACGUUGGACAUUGGCUGGCAGCUGCUGCGUAUCUUCCCUAAGGAGAUGCUGAAGAGGAUCCCCCAGAGCACGCUGGCCGAGUUUUACCCCCGCGAGUCUGCCGCUCGCCACUAAAGACACCCCCCCCCCCCCCCCCACUGCAAGCCUAUUGCCCUCUGGGUGGAGCAGAAGGGAGGAGGACAUAUGCACACACACACACACACACACACACACACACCUUCACACACACACCUAUAUUGUGUGUGUAUAUAUAUA